AUGGACUGCGCAUUCUCGUCGUCGCCGUCUCCACGGAAGCGUGAGCAGCGCGCUCAGGGGUACGAGGAGCCGGCCGUCCUCGCUGCCAAGACCUCCUUCAUGGUGAACGAGGUGGAGGAGCUGUACGAGCUCUACAAGAAGCUCAGCUUCUCCAUCUUCAAGGACGACCUCAUCCACAAGGAGGAGUUCCGGCUAGCCCUGUUUAGGACCAGCAAAGGCGUGAACCUAUUCGCGGACAGGGUGUUCGACCUCUUCGAUCUCAAGUGCAACGGGGUGAUCGAGUUCGGUGAGUUCGUGCGCUCGCUCAGCAUCUUCCACCCCAAAGCGCCUGAGUCUGAAAAGACCGCAUUCGCAUUCAAGCUGUAUGAUCUGAGGGGGACAGGCUACAUCGAGAAACAAGAGCUUCGGGAGAUGGUCGUGGUGCUUCUUGAUGAGUUCGACCUAUGUCUCUCUGACAGCGCCGUCGAGGAGAUCGUUGAUAAUACGUUCAGUCAAAACCCUGAAAAUUACAAAAAUUGA